AUAUUUCUUUUAAAUUAUUACAAUAAUUUAUAUAAUAGAGAAAAAAAGUACAAAGUCAUUCAAUGUAACAAUGAUUUAAUUUAUAAGUAUUUAUAUCACACUAAAUAUACAUACUCGAUGUUCUUCCGCUGUCAAGAAUACUAUUGCGUGAUAGCCAUUCUUUGCACCUGUCUUACCUAUAAUCAUCGCCGAUCUAUAAUGCAAGCAAUAAUUACUAUAAACAAGAGAACAAAGCAAAAAAAAAACUCUUCCAGAAAAUCGGUAUCCUAUAAAAGUUGUUUUUAAGAAUAAUAUUGAACGUGAUUUAUUAAGUUCCUCGCACGUGUAAAACCACGAGCAGUGUAUGUGAACAUUCAGUUGUUUUCUAAUACGAUGUAAUUAUAUGCUACUUUCUGGCAAUCUCUAUUUAUCGUUCUUUCCCCCCCAAUUAAAUUUUAUUUUAUUCGAUUCACGAGGCGAACAAUUUCUUCCAAUAAUGUCGAAACGAAUGACACCGGAAACAGUGAUUCGCAUUACUUGGCUCAGCGUAGUAAUAACAGUUUGUUGGCCACUUCCUAUGAGUAGCGGCAGGGGUCGAAUAUUUGGCUUUAAAAUUUUACAGAUCGUUAGCAUUAUCAGCAUUUUCAUGCUGCUCUUUCCCAUGAUAUAUUCGAUCUAUUUGCAUUUCGACGAUAUCAUCGUUUCUUCCCAGUGCGUUUGUCUGUCGAUAACUUUGACUCAGCUUAUUAUGCAAACUUUUAUAUGCUUCGUUAAUCACGAUUCAUUGCAGCGUGUAAUCGAAGAAAUGAUGAUUUGUAUCAAGGAAGCGAAUCAAUACGAAAAAGAAAUUUUUUGCAAGUAUAUCGAGAAAUGCGGCAGAUUUUGUGGAAGUUCCAUAGCUUGCAUGUACGUGACCGCGAUAUGUUUUUCGUUAGGACCGAUAGUCCUACCGAUCACCUUUCCAUCGGAAGCGGAAUAUCCAUUUCGCGUUAAUUACGCACCCGUGAACGUUAUCGUGUAUAUGCAUCAAGCUUUCCUCAGUUUUCAAGGCGCUGCGCAUAUAUGCUUGAGCAUGAUGGGCGCGCUUUUACUAUGGUUCGCAGCCGCGAGAUUCGAAUGUUUGGCCGUGGAAUUGCAGAAUUGCGUGAACAUCCAUACGUUGAUCCUUUGCGUUAAAAAACAACUACGUUUAAGAAGAUACGCGGAACAAGUGAUCGAUAAUUUUCGAUUUAUUGUACUUUAUGCUAUAGCAAUAAAUACGUUUUCUCUGACUCUAUGCGGGAUUAUACUGAUCAUAAAUGCACCGAUACUUGUGAAAAUGAAGUUCAUAAUCUUAUGUUUUACCGUGCUCGCGGAAAUUUAUCUUUACACGUGGCCAGCUGAUUACAUAAAGGACAUGAGCAUGAACAUUUCACAAAGUGCGUAUAAUUCUGUGUGGUACGAACAAACAAUAGAAUUGCAAAGAAAUCUAUUAAGCGUGAUAACGUAUCAAAAACCACUAAUUCUUUCCUUUAAAUGUAUAUUAUCAGAACUUUCUUUGCGUUAUUAUUGUUCGUACUUGUCUAAUACUUUCUCCAUCUUCACCGCUUUACGUGUCCUCAUAGAUAAGAAUUCAUCAUAAAAUAAACAUUAAAUAUCAUUUUAAGAUAUUUUUCUGUAUAUUUGUGCUUUUGAAUUGCAUUACUGAAAUCAUAUUAAAACAAUUAUUUGAUUUUUU